UGUCUCUGAGUCACUAUGGCCGCUAAGAGCAAGUGGGGUGCUGUGAAGGAUCAUGUGACCGGCAGCCCGGGUCAUGAACCUGACGCUCAGCUGGAGGCCAACCUGGAGAAUGCAGACCCGGAGCUCUGCAUCACACUGCUGCAGGUGCCCACGGUGGUUAACUAUUCUGGGCUGCGUCACCGUCUGGAGAGUAGCAACCAGGCCUGGAUGGUCCAGUUCCUGGAGAUGAAGGGUCUAGACCUGCUGAUGGAGGCCCUGGACCGGCUGUCUGGUCGGGGCUGUGCUCGCAUUGCUGAUGCCCUCCUGCAGCUGACCUGCGUGGCGUGUGUCCGCGCCAUCAUGAACUCCUUCACUGGCCUUCACUUCAUCCUGGAAAACCACGGCUAUGUCAGAACCCUGUCACAAGCUCUGGACACAUCCAACACCAUGGUGAAAAGGCAGGUGUUUGAACUGCUGGCUGCUCUCAGCCUCUUCGACCCACGUGGCCACCACCUUGCCCUGGAUGCCCUGGAGCACUACAAGAGUCUGAAGAAGCAGCGGUACCGCUUCAGUGUGAUAAUGAAUGAACUGCAGAACACAGACAACCUGCCCUACAUGACGACUCUGAUGAGCAUGGUCAACGUCCUCGUUAUCGGAGUGGAUGACCUCAGGAAGAGGGACAAGCUACGCAAGGAGUUCAUAGGCCUCCAACUGCUGGAUCUGCUGCCAAGACUCAGAGAGACUGAGGAUGAGGAUCUGAACAUCCAGUGUGAAGCAUUUGAGGACUCCAUGGGCGAGGAUGAGGAGGAGAUGGAGAGACUUUACGGAGGAAUUGACAUGAACAAUCAUCAGGACAUCUUCACUUCCCUCCUCACAAGGGUGAGCAGUAGUCCAUCCUCUGGUCACUUGCUGUCCAUCCUUCAGGCUCUGCUGUUGGUGUCUCCAGACAGAGGAGAUGUGUGGGAGGCUCUGGAGGCUCUGGCUGACCGAGCCUGUCUGGUGGUCCAGGACUCUCAGGAAGACUUGGCUGAGCGUCUAAUGGAGAGGCUCCUCCCCUCCAAGGUCCAUUCAGGUUCAGCCAGUCACAGAGUCAGAACCACUGACAAGGCUGUUCAGACGCAACUGACAGACAACUCUGCGGACCAAUCAGAAGCCAUGACCAAAACCUCGUCAGCAGCCCCACCUCUUCCUCCUCCAUGCACUUCUCCCCCUCCCCCACCUCCUCUCCCGGGUAUGAGAGAACCAGCUCUUCCUCCUCCUCUCCCUGGUAUGAGAGAACCAGCUCCUCUUCCUCCUCCCCCUCCCCCUCCUCUCCGUGGUAUGAGAGAACCAGCUCCUCCUCCCCCCCCUCCCCCUCCCCUUCCUAAUAUGAGAGAACCAGCUCCUCCCCCUCCCCCCCCUCCUCCUCUCCUUGGCAUGGGAGGACAACCCCCUUCUACCCAUCUACCUGAUAUGAUGGGACCACCUCCUCCUCCGCCUCCCCCUCCAGGAGGAAGUGAUGUCAUCAUAGCCCAUGUUGUCCAAGGUCUGGGUGGGGCAUACCACAGCCCUGCAGCAUGCAGCUCGGCCUACCGCUUCCCUACCCACCGCAUGAAGAAACUCAACUGGCAGAAACUUCCAUCCAGAGUGGUGACAGCGAGUCAUUCCAUGUGGACAUCUGUCCAAUCAAAACCAGUAGAGCCGGACUACUCCAGCAUAGAGGAGCUGUUCUGUCUCCCUCAGACGGAGAGCAGGACUAAAGGACCCACAGCUGCUGCCAAACUGGAACACAAAGAGAUCUCCUUUAUUGAUCCCAAGAAAAACCUCAACCUCAACAUCUUCCUCAAACAGUUCAAAUGCUCUCAUGAUGAGUUUGUGGAUCUCAUCCGGAGAGGAGACCGCUCCAGGUUUGAUGUGGAUGUUCUGAAACAGUUGCUGAAGCUGAUACCUGAAAAACACGAGGUGGAGAACCUGAAGUCCUACCAGGGAGAGAAGGAGAAGCUUUCAGGUGUUGACCAGUUCUACCUUCGGCUGCUGGAUGUGCCAUGCUAUCCUCUGAGAAUAGAGUGCAUGUCACUCUGUGAAGAGACCUGUUGUGUUCUGGAGAUGCUGCAACCUAAAGCCAAGCUGAUGGACAGAGCCUGUCAGAGUGUGACAGAGAGCACUCGCCUUCCCAGCUUCUGUAAACUCAUACUUGAUGUUGGAAACUUUCUCAACUAUGGCAGCCAUACAGGAAAUGCUGAGGGCUUUAAGAUCAGCACACUGCUGAAACUGACAGAGACCAAAGCCAACAAGUCCUGCAUCACCCUGCUGCACCACAUCAUCGAGGAAGUGGAACAGAACCACUCUGACCUGCUGAACCUACCAGAUGACUUGGAGAUCUGUGAAAAGGCUGCUGGCAUUAACCUGGAGUCCAUCCAGAUGGAGGCAAACUCCCUCAUCAAACGACUGAAACCUUUGGAGACCAAAGUGGCAGCUUCUUCUGUGGAGAACCUGAAGGAGCAAUACCUUUCCUCUAUUAAGGACAGCCUGGAGGCCUGUGGAAGGCUGGAAGAGGUGUUUUCCUCCAUAGUGGAAGGCAAGAAGAAGCUAGCAGGCUAUCUGUGUGAGGAGGUCUCCCGCCUCUCCCUGGAGGAACUCUUCAGCACCAUUAAAACCUUCAGAGGCCUCUUCCUCAAAGCCAUCAAGGACAAUCACAACAGGAGGGAGCAGGCAGCGAAGGCAGAGAGAAGGAGGAAACAGCAGGAGAAGGAGUCCAUACAUCAGAAAGAAGAGAAAAUCAAACAGAAAGGCGUCCCCGGCCCAGAUGAAGGCUGUAUCAUUGACAACCUGCUGGCUGAGAUCAGAAAGGGCUUUGCCCUGAGGAAGACCAGGCCCCCCACAGAGAGAGGUAUCCUGCCUCCUGUUGGCAGGAUAAGGGACAGUAGUCAUUUAAACCAGCAUGCUAAACUAGAGCGCUCCAUGGCUGUAGAGAAAAGAGGCGAGGCUGAAGAGCAGGAUGCUCCUCCACAGACCAACCCAGCUCCUCCCACUAAACCAUUCCUCCAAACAGGAUCAGUGAACACCGCCCAUCUCUCCAUGCCUCCCACAGACCGUACCACUGAGGGAGACUCCACCCCCAGUGGAGGCCCCAUCCCAAGAAGAGAUCCCACCCCCAGUGGAGGCCCUGACUCUGGGUUAGACUCCUCUCCUGAUUCCCAGGCUGAAGAUAGUCCAGCAGGAGGAGAGGAGGUGGAACAUGGUCGGGAUUUGACAGACGGAUAUGAAGUGAACAUAAACAGAAAGGCGGAGUCAGAAGUGUCGAGGAAGCUAUCCAGAGACGAACCAAAAUCUGAUGCAAAAGAAACAAGAAGCAGGGACUCACAGGUCACCUAUGCAGAUUUUCACAGUGGAACAAAACAGUCAAAACCUAAAAAAGGAUGUGUGUUGCAAUAAGAUGGGUCCUCCAGCAUUCAGCCAAUCAGGUGAAUUCCACAGGAACACACAGACUGAAACAGAAAGAUUACCGUAACACAAGGAGCUAUUGCUAAGUCAUAUGUACAGUCCAGAAAACACGUUUUUCUGAACUCCCAAACUCAUACUGUCCAAUAAACAUAUACUGAGCAAGAAGAUUGGUGGAAAACAUGAACACCUUUUUUGACUGAGUAGUUUUUUUAGAUGGUUAAUUUUGGGAUAUGUCUGAGAUAUUGCAUUAUGAACUGAAGGUAAUAAACUGUAAAUAGGUGUAAAUGAUAUUUAUAGUAUAUUGAGGAAACAGCUGUUAGAAGGUAAAGCCAGUAUGUUUGGACACGGUGUGCAGGAAGUUUCUGUUCCUUCAGCAGUUCUUUAAGACCUUUGUGCUUGAGUUUAUUGACUGUUAGCACAAAGCCAGAUCCUGAUACAUUUUCAUUCAAUUUAGUUAUUGGCACAGUUUUCAAUCAGGAGUGUUUUGUGUUGACACAGUGAAAAUGUGAGAUAUUGUGCACCUAUUACUGCUGGUGGCUUUAAGAUGUAGAGAGACAUUCUGAAAAUGGACAUUGAUUAAACCUAGAUGAGCAAUAAUCUGUCCCGUGAUUUUCUUAUUGACAAC